AUGACAAAUACAGGCAAAACAUCAAUGGCAACACCAGAAUGUAUAAUUGGUGAAUCUGUUAUUUUUAAUUAUAAGUUGGUUAGUUCAUACUCUAAAGAAAUUGGGUUGUGUUUUCAGGUUACUGAUGAACCUCACGUUUAUGAAGUUGUUAGAAUAAUCAACUCUAAAGUACUUUUUUUUGAAGACCAUCUCUCUCGUCUUCUUUACUCCAUUGAACAACUCCCAAAAACUUCUCAAAACAAUAUCUCUAGUGAAUUACUUUAUGACAGCACUUAUAAACUAAUUAAGGCACUUCACUUAAUAAAUGGAAAUAUUAGAAUUGUCGUUAGUCCAACGUUAAUGCUUAUUCAUGAAAAAGAACAUCAUUACCCAGACAUUGAAACAAUAAAAAAGGGUGUAAUUUUAGGUGAGGUUGAUAUUAUGAGAGAUAACCCAAAUGUAAAAUCAAUGAGAGAAGAUUAUAUCAAUAACGUAAAAAAAGCUCAUGAACAAGUAUUUUUUGGUUCUAAAGUUUUUGAAGUUGUUUUAGUAAAUCAAAACCACCAAUAUACAGAAGGAAGUCGUUCAAAUAUUUUCUUUAUAAAUUCAAAUGAAUUAAGGACAGCACCUGAUAGUAUGGUACUAAAAGGAAUUACAAGAAAAUAUGUUAUUCAAGCAGCUGAAUCAAUUGGUCUUGUUAUUAAUCAAACAUGUAUUACCCAACAAGAACUUCCUCAUUAUAAAGCUUUUCUUUCUGGUACUUCUCUUAAUAUCCUUCCAAUUUAUUCUAUUGGAAAUAUUCAAUUGGAUAGUGCAAAUGAUCAAACAAUUCAAAAAUUACUUAAGGCAUAUCUCAGUAUUGUCCAAGACUAUUUGUCUAGACACUAA